UGCUUGGCUGUCCCAAGCCCGAAGGUCAUCACAUCGUCCUGCCUGUUCGUGUCAGGUAGCGCCUCGGUGCACGUCGGUGCCUCCGCUCGCGGAGCAGGAGCGCUGCCUGGGAGCGCGUGGGUGAAAACUUGACGCCAGCCGUGGCCCAGACUUAGUCUAGUUCCACCAAGUGAGAAGAGUGAUGACCAUCCUUUUCCUUACUAUGGUUAUCUCAUACUUCAGUUGCAUGAAAGCUGCCCCGAUGAAAGAAGCUAGUGUAAGAGGACAAGGCAGCUUGGCUUACCCAGGUCUUCGGACCCACGGGACUCUUGAGAGCCUAAAUGGGCCCAGUGCUGGUUCAAGAGGACUGACAUCGCUGGCGGACACUUUUGAACAUGUCAUAGAGGAGCUCCUAGACGAGGACCAGGACAUCCAGCCCAGCGAGGAGAACAAGGAUGCAGACUUGUACACAUCCCGAGUCAUGCUAAGCAGUCAAGUGCCUUUGGAACCCCCACUGCUCUUUCUGCUCGAGGAGUACAAAAACUACUUGGAUGCUGCAAACAUGUCCAUGAGGGUCCGGCGCCACUCUGACCCAGCUCGCCGCGGGGAACUGAGCGUUUGUGACAGCACGAGCGAGUGGGUGACGGCAGCAGAGAAAAAGACUGCAGUGGACAUGUCCGGGGCGACCGUCACAGUCCUGGAAAAAGUCCCAGUACCCAAAGGCCAACUGAAGCAAUACUUCUACGAGACCAAAUGCAACCCCAAAGGGUACACAAAGGAGGGCUGCAGGGGCAUAGACAAGAGGCACUGGAACUCCCAGUGCCGAACUACCCAGUCUUACGUGAGAGCUCUCACCAUGGAUAAUAAAAAGAGAGUUGGCUGGCGCUUUAUAAGGAUAGACACUUCCUGUGUAUGUACAUUAACCAUUAAAAGGGGAAGAUAGUGGAUUCGUGUUGUAUAGAUUAUAUUGAGACAAAAUUAUCUAUUUGUAUAUAUACAUAACAGGGUAAAUUAUUCGGUAAAAAAUAAUUUUAUGGACUGCAUGUAUAACUGAAGUUUAUACAGUACAGUGGUUCCACAAUCUAUUUAUUGAACAUAUCCAUGACCUGAAGGGGAACAAAAGUCAUUUGCGCACAAGUUAAAAAAAAAAAAAAACAAAAAAAAACAAAAAAAACAAAAAAAAAAAACCAAAACAAAAAAAAAGAAAAACAAGCAAACAAAAAGUCUGCAUUACAUUCCUCGAUAACUUUGUGGUUUGUCGCCGUUGCCAAGAAUUGAAAAUAUAAAAAGUUUAAAAAAAAAAAAAGAAUAAAAUUGCAUGCUGCUUCAAUUGUGAAUUGAUGAUAAACUGUCCUCUUUCAGAAAAAUAAAUUGAACCAAAACAUUCCGUUUACAUUUUAGACAGUAAGUAUCUUUAUUCCUGUUAGUAUUAUAUCUGUUUACUGCUUUUAACUUCUGAUAGCGUUGGAAUUAAAACAAUGUCAAGGUGCUGUUGUCAUAGUUUUACUGUUCUCUUUUACUUUUGAACUCCCAUCAGAUUGAAAAAGAAAAAAAAAAAAAUCAUUACCUUACUCUGGAUUAAAAACAAAUUUGUUUUUUGUAUGUUGUGAAGGUGUUUGCAAUAGCAAUCCAACUACUGACAAAAAAAAUAAUAAAAAAAGAGGCAACUGAAAAAGAAUGGUGAUGUUCCACUUCACAUUGUUGAACUUCAGGCUUAAAGGCAGCACUUAUUUAACUGUACGGCAACAUGCUUUUUUGGGUUAUUUUUCUCUUUUUUUAUUUGCUGUCUUUUGAGACCUGCAUUUGCUUAUACCAUGUUUGUUUGUGUUUGGUUUUUUUUUCUUUUUUUUUUUUUUACCUUUCUUCCCUCUGUAAGGAUGUUGGUUGUGAUCUUUAAAGUAUUCCACUUACCAUACAACUGGAGUUGUCACGUAAAGUUUAUUAUAUAGUGUUGAGAGCAAUGAUUUUUUCAUGUAAUAAAAGACUCUGUGCUUGGA